GCGAGCGCUUCCCAUAAUGCACUCGCCGCUCAGCGGGAAACCAAAAUGGCGAGAGCAAGCGAGUCAAAUCAACCGCUUGUCACAAAGUAAAGUAAUAACGUUACAUGUUUUAGAAUUAUCCCGUUAUAGAAACAUCACAUUGGUUCACCGCCUUUAUCGGGAACGCAGCUCCCGGUUCUCGCUUAUGUCGUAUUUCUUCGUGUUUGUGAGACAUUGUAACCCGGGAAAGUGACCGAAUGAGAGACUCGGGAAGUGCAGAGAACCUGGGUGCCUAUCAAAAGACACCUCCAAAUCGGCAACCCAAGUCACCGGUGGCCUCAUCACAAUUUCCCCUGAAAGAUGGGCAGACCGACACGACCAAGCUCGCCAGCAAGUUUGAGGAAGGGCAGGACGUCCUAGCUCGAUGGUCGGAUGGCCUCUUUUACCUGGGGACUAUUGAAAAGAUAGAUAAACAAAAGCAUCGGUGCUUUGUGAUCUUUGAAGAUCAGUCUAAGUCCUGGGUUCUGUGGAAGGACAUUCAGACAGUUGACAGCCCACACAGUCUCCAAGCUUACACAAACUGUAAGUUCCACAUCGAGCCAGGAGACGAGAAUAGGGAAGGGGACAGUGGAGAGGAGAUGCUCUGCUCAAUAUGCCAGAAUGAAAGCUCUGAGCCUCCCAAUGAAAUAGUCAUCUGUGACAAAUGUGGGCAAGGAUACCAUCAGAUGUGCCAUGCUCCCAUAAUCGACUCGAGUGUCAUUGCAUCUGAUGACAAAUGGCUCUGCAGGCAGUGCGUGUUUGCCACAACAGCAAAGAGAGGUGGUGCACUGAAAAAGGGCCCCAAUGCAAAAGCCCUACAGGAAAUGAAGCAAUCUCUGCCAUACGCCCUAGAAGAUUUAGUGUGGGACCAGGGCCACAAAACCAACGUCCAGCAAUGCUACUGCUACUGUGGAGGACCUGGAGAUUGGUAUCUGAAAAUGCUGCAGUGUAAUAAGUGUAAACAGUGGUUCCAUGAAGCCUGCAUCCAGUGUUUUCAGAAGCCAAUGCUCUAUGGAGACAGGUUCUAUCUAUUUAUUUGUUCAUUUUGUAAUAGUGGACCAGAGUACCUCAAACGUCUGCCUCUGAGAUGGGUAGAUGUUGCACACCUGAGCCUCUAUAACCUAAGUGUAAUUCAUAAAAAGAAAUAUUUUGACUCUGAUCUGGAACUGAUGGCUUACAUCAAUGAUAACUGGGACAGGCUACACCUUGGCGAGCUUUCAGACACCCCAAGAGCAGAGCGAUAUGAAUGCAUUCUGGAAGCACUUAACAGCAACCUCAAUAUGUUCAUGUCAGGGAAGGAAAUAAAGAAGAAGAAGCACCUGUUUGGAUUACGGAUUCGUUUCCCACCGGCCCCCCAUAGCUCUGAGCUCCCAUCAGACCGAGAGCAGGAAAAAGCCUCUCAUGAGAUUAAGAUCAAAGGCAGGAAGGCUUCUAAACCCCCUUAUUCAUCCAGCACUGUCACUAACGGAGUGGUAAGGAAAGGAAAGAGGAAACAUCGCACACAAUCCUUAGAGACACUGGCCAAAUUGAGAAGAUCAAGUGAAAUUUUGGCACAGAAUGAUAUGAAGCUACCAACUGUAGACAGCAACUCACUGGACCUGAUGGCUUCAAAAAGUGCCAAAAGUGAAAAAUCUUUGCCUUCAUCAAGUACCUCAGAUGUUGAAUCCAUUGGUGCAACCAGCACCAGUGAAACUACCUCAACAACAAUCUCAAGGCAGUCCAGCUUGGGCAGUCCGAGCGGACCACGCACUGGUUGCGUAUGGCCCACUGUAACGCAGCCUGCGAUUAAGAGACGCAGGGGACGGCCAAGACGGGCACUGCAGCCCCCCAAUCCUGGGAUACCCCCACCAUGCAACCGACCCGAGCCACAACCCAGCAACGAUGUCCCUGAAACCAGCCCGGUCCCCUCAUGCUUUUAUGGCGGUAUGGACAUAAUGCAGGACCUGGACCCCAAUACUCAACUCAGCCAACUCAAGAGCUCCAUCACCACCUACUUUGGAGCUGCCGGUCGCCUGGCCUGUGGAGAGAAGUACCGUGUACUUGCCCGCCGCGUCACUAAUGACGGCAAAGUACAGUACUUGGUGGAAUGGGAGGGGGUCACUGCCUCGUGAGCUUAUUACAGGUGUGAUAACAUACUGUUUACCUUUGGUGAAGGCUGGGCUUCAGUAAUGUACUUUCUUUUUUUAUAUAAGUCAGAUGGAGGAAAGAGCAGUGAUUUUGUUACAGAAUGUACUUGGUUGCCUCAAGACUGCUGCAGAGAUGGAGUCAAGAUAAUCGACUUUGUAGUGUUCAAGUGGAUUUGAUGGACACAUUGAAAAGUUUCAGGUUCAAGGCAUAAUCACUGCUAUGUGAACAUAACUGAGUCCUUGCUUUUUGCCUCUGAUGUGCAGGUGCCUUAAAGGGUUGUGAAACAGAUACUAUAUAUGCUGCUGGAGACAUAAGGAGUUAUUUUUCCUUAUUUAGUCAACUGUUUUCUCAUUUCUUCAAAUUGCCUAGGACAGAGAGAGCUAAUGUCAGUAAGGCACUUUUAAUUACAUUUCAAUUCAUUGCACAUACGCUCUCACGCUAUACAUCCAGUAUUGUCUCAUCUCAGUAUAAAUUACCUAGUAUAUAAAUUUGUUUAUGAAAAAAGACUGACACGAAAAAUGGUUAACUGUACUCCUGCUACAAUGUGUAAAAGUAUAAAUAUGGCAUUAAUAUCCUCAUUUGGUAUUAGACAUGCGUAAAUUUCAAGUUGGCUAAUGUAAAGAGGUUUAUUUUGUUUGCCUUUUUUUUUCCUUUUUCGGAAGGUUAAUGUUUGGUGGAUAUGUUAUGACAAAGUAUAUGACAAAGUGCAGCAGCAUUAUUUUCUCUAUACCUUCCUACACACCCCCCCCCCCCCCAAAAGGUUCAGCUGUUAAUAUCUGCCUAAAGACUUCUGCAGUUAAACAGAAUUUUAAAGCUGAUAUGUAUUUUUUGUUAUACUAUGCAAGUAAUUCAAUAAGACUGCAUAUUUAGUUUCAUCUUAAUAAGAAAAUGGCAGCAAUAUUUUUUGUUACAAUUGACUCAGGCUUUUUUAAAUGUGGUGCUAUUUAUUGCUUCCAGAGAACAGUGUACACUAUCAAACUGUCUAUUCACAAGAGCACUCAGGAUACUUUUACAACUUCUAAAUUGUUCAAUACAACAGUGAUACAAAAUGGGUCGUGAAAGAAAUUACAUGAGGUUUUCAAUUCUCAGCUGUGUAUUUUCAUACAUUUAUAAAAUUCUUCAUUUAGCUAUACUUAAAACUCAAGUUCGUUCGUGGUGACAAGCUAUUAAUGUUUGUAUUUUGACCUGAGAAUUCCCUGUGCUUAAUAACUAAGUAUUUGGUCAAAGGAAAGUUUUGGACUUAAACAUUGUUACCUCCUCAUUUUGAUACAAUUAAUUCUUAUAAAUAUUAUGCUCUUGGUAUGUUAUGUAUAUGAAACCUUUUUUCAGUUGGUGUACAAGUGUUAGUAAAGCUUGCUUUGUAUUUGACUGGCUUUGAGCAGGCUCCUUUAGCCAAAGAAUAAAGAUCUCAACUCUUA